ACCACGUGACUGCAGCUCUCGGCGCCAUGAGGUUCAGCCUCUUCCUCGUCCGUCAUGGUGAAACAAAAUACAACAAAGCAAAACUUCUUCAAGGGCAGGGAGUGGACGAACCACUGUCUGAUACUGGCUUUAAACAAGCAGAGGCUGCAGGCAAAUGUCUCAGCGACGCAAAAUUCACCCAUGUUUUCUCAAGUGAUUUGCAGCGUGCUAAACAGACUGCUUCUACUAUUCUACUGAAAAAUAAUCAUGGAAGUGACCUCGAAUUGAUUCUUGACCAGAGACUCCGAGAGAGAAACUAUGGAAUUGCAGAAGGAAAGCCACUGAGUGAUUUAAGGGCAAUGGCAAAAGCUGCAGGACAGAAGUGUCCUUAUUUUACACCACCAGGAGCAGAGACUGUGGAGGAAGUACAGGCCCGAGCUAAGGAAUUUUUUAAUUUUCUGUGUGAGUUUGUUGUAAAAACUGCAAAGAAAAAUGUUGUUGGAGUAGAUCAGCUGAGUACAACUGCCAGCUGUUUGGGAGACUCACAGAGUGACCAUGUUUCAGACUCCAUUGGCUGUUCUACAAAUUUAGAUUGUUCAAAUCCUCCUGACUGUCUGGAAGCGAAUAUACUAAUAGUUAGUCAUGGUGGAUAUAUGAUGCAGUGGGUUAGAUAUUUCCUGGAGGAUCUAAAAUGUUCACUAUUACAGCCUUCCGACCCUAUCAAAGCACUUUCUGUGAGUCCAAAUACGGGAAUAAGUAAUUUCAUAAUUUCUCUUAAUCUACUGGAUAAACCUCAGGUUGAAUGCCUUUACCUAAAUAAAAGUAGUCACCUUGUUGACAUCAGUACUUCACAGGAAGUAUUAGUUGUCUGAAUCAAUGCUACUAAUCUUUGCCAUCUGUAAGUAUUUUCUGUUAUACUCAUUUGCUUGUUUAAAAUCCAUUUAAUUAACUUCAGUGAUGAAGAUAAGGGCAUAUUGUAGAUUAUAACUAGUCUGCCAUAUGUCUGGACCUACAGUCCAAUAUAAGGAAAAGUGCACUGAGAAAAAUGUGAGUUCUUUGGAAAAAUAUUUUUUUGCUACCUGCCUAUAGAAAUAUCUUUAAUGCACAAGAUUAUGAGUAAUAAAUAGACAUGUGAUGUCCUCACUGAAAGGAUGUAAAACUUGAAGGUGAUAUGAUUCACUCAGUCAGACAAAAUGGGUUGAAAUGUGCAGAAAAUUUUAAUUUAUAAAUAUUGUAGCUAAUGAUGCAGCUGCAAAUCUUGCAGGGAAAAAACUUAUUCUGGCCUUCAUUCUAGAUAUUUUAGGAAGCAUAUUAAUAUGCAUUUAGUUAAGAUUUGAAAACUAUCUUCAGAGGUUUGUCAUUAAUGAGUAGAGAUUUUAAAUGUAUGUUUGUAGGUUUGGGGCAAAUCUCUGAAACUCAUGUACUGUAUUUAAAUGUUUGUCUUGUGUUGCAAACACCUUAAGGGAUGUUAACUUGUACUUAUUUAUUUAAAUACUUAUUUAAAAUAUGCUCAGAUCACAUAUGCUGUAAUGAGAAUGACCCAUUGGUGCAAUGCAUGGAUUGAUGUAUGCUGCAGUAGGAAUCAGAAUAAAUACAUUACUGAAAUUCAAAGUAAAA